UGUGAGAUUGGUAUUGAUAAUCGUAAAUAUGGCGCUUGCAGGUGAUGUGUGCGAAUGAGAAAAUGAACGCCGCAUCAAAACGUAAAGUGAACGUUUUAGAUGCAUUUAAGCACUAAAACAGUAAAAUUAUCAAUUUUGUUCAAGUUUUAAAAGGACAAGAAUGUCGCUGCCCCCGUAUCUUUUGGGGCCGAACCCAUGGGCCACCAUGAUGGCCCAGCAGCACCUGGCUGCAGCCCAUGCCCAGGCCCAGGCCGCUGCAGCUCAGGCCCAUGCUCAUGCUUUACAACAACAAAUACCGCCCCCACAUCCAAAGUCGGAUGUGAUGACUGAAGAAAAACUCCAGGAAAAAGCCCAAAAGUGGCAUCAACUUCAGUCGAAACGAUUUGCCGAUAAACGAAAACUUGGCUUCGUUGAUGCCCAGAAGGAGGAUAUGCCGCCUGAGCACAUUCGGAAGAUUAUUAGGGAUCAUGGGGACAUGAGCAGUCGUAAAUAUCGACACGAUAAACGCGUUUAUUUGGGCGCUUUAAAAUACAUGCCUCAUGCCGUAAUGAAGUUAUUGGAAAACAUGCCAAUGCCUUGGGAACAAAUAAGGGACGUUAAAGUUUUGUACCACAUAACUGGUGCUAUAACUUUUGUUAAUGAAAUUCCAUGGGUGAUUGAGCCCAUUUACAUAGCCCAGUGGGGAACAAUGUGGAUUAUGAUGCGACGUGAAAAACGCGAUCGUCGUCAUUUCAAGCGAAUGCGAUUUCCACCGUUCGAUGACGAAGAACCGCCUCUAGAUUAUGCCGAUAACGUGCUAGAUGUUGAGCCACUUGAAGCCAUUCAGAUUGAAUUGGACGCAGAGGAAGACGCCGAAGUUGCGAAAUGGUUUUACGACCACAAACCAUUAGUUGGUAUGAAGUAUGUGAAUGGCCCAACGUACCGGAAAUGGAAUUUAACGCUACCUAUGAUGGCGACAUUGUAUCGUUUGGCAAACCAACUACUGACCGAUUUAGUUGAUAACAAUUAUUUUUAUCUUUUUGAUACCAAGAGUUUCUUUACGGCGAAAGCUUUAAAUAUGGCUAUACCUGGAGGGCCUAAAUUUGAACCGCUUAUCAAGGAUAUGAAUCCUGCGGACGAAGACUGGAAUGAGUUUAACGAUAUCAAUAAAAUUAUAAUUAGGCAACCUAUUAGGACCGAAUAUAGGAUAGCGUUUCCAUAUUUGUACAACAACAUGCCUCAUUUUGUGCACUUGUCGUGGUAUCACGCCCCAAAUGUGGUUUACAUUAAGACAGAAGAUCCCGAUCUCCCAGCCUUUUAUUUUGACCCGUUAAUAAACCCAAUCUCGCACCGACAUGCCGUCAAAAGUUUGGAACCUCUACCCGAAGACGACGAAGAAUACAUUUUACCAGAACAUGUGCAACCCUUUUUGCAAGAAACACCACUUUAUACAGAUAACACAGCUAACGGUAUUGCCCUGUUAUGGGCUCCUCGUCCAUUUAACUUGCGUUCAGGACGUUGUCGCCGGGCCAUUGAUGUACCAUUGGUCAAAACAUGGUACAUGGAACAUUGUCCUCCUGGACAACCGGUUAAAGUGCGCGUUAGUUACCAGAAAUUGUUAAAAUACUAUGUUCUUAACGCGCUUAAACACCGGCCUCCUAAAGCACAGAAAAAACGCUACUUGUUCCGUUCAUUCAAAUCCACCAAAUUUUUCCAAACUACUACACUUGACUGGGUUGAAGCUGGUUUGCAAGUUUGUAGGCAAGGUUACAACAUGCUCAACUUGCUCAUUCACCGGAAAAAUCUCAAUUAUCUUCAUUUGGACUACAACUUUAAUUUGAAACCUGUCAAGACUUUGACGACAAAAGAACGUAAAAAAUCCAGAUUUGGGAAUGCUUUCCAUCUGUGUAGGGAAAUUCUACGUUUGACUAAACUCAUAAUAGACUCACACGUUCAAUACAGACUUAACAACGUUGAUGCGUUUCAACUGGCUGAUGGUUUGCAGUACAUUUUUGCCCAUGUCGGUCAAUUGACUGGCAUGUACAGAUACAAAUACAAGUUGAUGAGACAAAUCAGAAUGUGUAAAGAUUUGAAACAUUUGGUAUAUUAUCGUUUCAAUACGGGUCCAGUUGGGAAAGGUCCAGGUUGUGGAUUUUGGGCUCCAGGUUGGAGGGUUUGGUUGUUCUUUAUGAGGGGAAUUACACCUCUGCUUGAACGUUGGCUCGGCAAUUUACUGUCACGGCAGUUUGAAGGCAGACACUCCAAAGGUGUUGCUAAAACUGUGACCAAGCAAAGGGUUGAGUCUCACUUCGAUCUUGAGUUAAGAGCUUCAGUUAUGCACGAUAUUGUCGAUAUGAUGCCUGAAGGUAUCAAACAGAAUAAAGCCAGGACCAUUUUGCAGCAUUUGUCCGAAGCGUGGCGGUGUUGGAAGGCCAAUAUUCCUUGGAAAGUUCCUGGUUUACCAAUCCCCAUCGAAAACAUGAUCCUACGAUAUGUGAAAAUGAAAGCCGAUUGGUGGACAAACACAGCUCAUUACAACAGAGAACGAAUUCGCAGAGGCGCAACUGUUGAUAAAACAGUGUGCAAAAAGAAUUUGGGAAGACUGACACGGUUGUAUUUGAAAGCAGAACAAGAGCGACAACACAAUUACUUGAAGGAUGGUCCUUACAUCAGUCCUGAAGAAGCAGUAGCUAUCUACACUACAACAGUGCAUUGGCUUGAGUCACGAAGAUUUGCUCCAAUUCCUUUCCCACCUUUGUCUUACAAACACGAUACUAAACUUCUGAUCUUGGCUUUGGAACGUCUCAAAGAAGCAUACAGUGUUAAAUCGCGACUCAAUCAAAGUCAACGAGAAGAAUUGGGUUUGAUUGAACAAGCUUAUGAUAAUCCACACGAAGCUCUUUCGAGAAUUAAGCGACAUUUAUUGACACAGCGAGCUUUUAAAGAAGUAGGGAUCGAGUUUAUGGACUUGUACAGUCAUUUGAUUCCGGUGUAUGACGUUGAACCACUUGAGAAAAUCACCGAUGCGUAUUUAGACCAAUAUUUGUGGUACGAAGCUGAUAAAAGGAGAUUGUUUCCACCGUGGAUCAAACCUGCCGAUACUGAACCUCCUCCUUUACUUGUCUACAAGUGGUGUCAAGGAAUCAAUAAUCUACAAGACGUUUGGGACGUUUCGGAGGGCGAAUGUAACGUUCUCCUAGAAUCAAAGUUUGAGAAACUCUACGAAAAAAUUGACUUGACUCUGUUGAAUCGAUUGUUACGUUUGAUUGUCGACCAUAAUAUUGCUGAUUACAUGACGGCUAAAAACAACGUUGUGAUUAAUUACAAAGACAUGAAUCAUACGAACAGUUACGGGAUAAUUAGGGGUCUACAGUUUGCUUCGUUUAUAACACAGUAUUAUGGUUUGGUUUUGGAUUUGUUGGUGCUUGGGUUGCAGAGGGCUAGCGAAAUGGCAGGGCCACCACAGAUGCCGAAUGAUUUUCUCACAUUCCAAGAUGUUUCAACGGAAACUUGCCAUCCGAUAAGGCUCUAUUGUCGAUACGUUGACAAGAUUCACAUGUUCUUCAGAUUUACAGCUGAGGAAGCUCGCGAAUUGAUUCAAAGAUACUUGACUGAACAUCCUGAUCCAAAUAAUGAAAAUAUUGUUGGUUACAAUAACAAGAAAUGUUGGCCCAGGGAUGCCAGAAUGAGAUUGAUGAAACAUGACGUUAACCUGGGUCGAGCUGUAUUUUGGGACAUCAAAAAUCGUCUGCCCCGGUCUGUGACAACUAUACAAUGGGAGAACAGUUUUGUGAGCGUCUAUUCGAAAGAUAAUCCAAAUCUUUUGUUUAAUAUGUGCGGUUUUGAGUGCAGAAUUUUACCAAAGUGUCGUACUCAACAUGAAGAAUUCACCCAUCGUGAUGGAGUGUGGAACCUGCAACACGAAGGUAGUAAAGAAAGAACAGCCCAGUGCUUCUUGAGAGUCGACGAUGAAUCAAUGAGCCGCUUCCAUAACAGAGUCAGGCAAAUUUUGAUGGCUUCAGGUUCAACAACAUUCACAAAAAUUGUCAAUAAAUGGAACACUGCUUUAAUCGGCCUAAUGACCUACUUCAGAGAAGCAGUCGUAAAUACCCAAGAACUAUUGGACUUAUUGGUCAAAUGCGAAAACAAAAUUCAGACACGUAUUAAAAUCGGUUUGAAUUCAAAAAUGCCAAGUCGUUUUCCACCUGUUGUCUUCUACACGCCUAAAGAAUUGGGUGGGCUUGGUAUGCUUUCAAUGGGCCACGUUUUAAUCCCUCAGUCUGACUUGAGAUGGUCCAAACAAACUGAUGUCGGAAUCACACAUUUCCGUUCUGGGAUGAGUCAUGACGAAGAUCAAUUGAUUCCCAACUUGUAUCGUUAUAUUCAACCGUGGGAAUCCGAAUUUAUUGAUUCGCAAAGAGUGUGGGCCGAGUAUUCACUCAAAAGACAAGAAGCUAACGCUCAGAAUCGUCGCCUCACUUUGGAAGAUUUGGAAGAUUCUUGGGACCGUGGUAUUCCAAGAAUCAAUACGUUGUUCCAGAAAGAUCGUCAUACUCUUGCCUACGACAAAGGCUGGAGAAUUCGAACCGAAUUUAAACAGUAUCAAGUUUUGAAACAAAAUCCCUUCUGGUGGACUCACCAGCGCCACGACGGCAAAUUAUGGAACUUGAACAACUACCGAACUGAUAUGAUUCAAGCGUUGGGAGGUGUUGAAGGUAUCCUGGAGCACACCCUCUUCAAAGGCACUUAUUUCCCGACUUGGGAAGGUCUUUUCUGGGAAAAAGCGUCCGGUUUUGAAGAGUCCAUGAAGUACAAAAAAUUGACCAAUGCACAAAGGUCCGGUUUGAAUCAAAUUCCAAAUCGUCGUUUCACCUUGUGGUGGUCACCGACCAUCAACAGGGCCAAUGUUUACGUUGGUUUUCAAGUACAGUUGGAUCUGACUGGUAUUUUCAUGCACGGUAAAAUUCCAACAUUGAAGAUUUCGUUGAUUCAAAUUUUCCGUGCUCACUUGUGGCAGAAAGUGCACGAGAGUAUUGUAAUGGAUCUUUGUCAAGUUUUUGACCAAGAAUUGGAUGCUCUUGAGAUUGAAACUGUGCAAAAAGAAACAAUCCAUCCCAGGAAAUCAUACAAAAUGAACUCGUCUUGUGCUGAUAUUCUUCUCUUCUCAGCUUACAAGUGGAAUGUUUCGCGACCGUCGUUAUUGGCUGAUACCAAGGAUACGAUGGAUAAUACAACCACACAAAAAUACUGGAUUGAUGUUCAGCUCAGAUGGGGUGAUUAUGAUUCCCACGAUAUCGAAAGAUAUGCAAGAGCUAAAUUUUUGGAUUAUACUACUGAUAAUAUGUCCAUUUAUCCAUCUCCAACAGGUGUUUUGAUUGCCAUUGAUUUGGCUUACAAUCUUCACAGUGCUUAUGGCAACUGGUUCCCAGGCUGCAAGCCCCUGAUACAGCAAGCCAUGGCUAAAAUAAUGAAAGCCAAUCCUGCUCUAUACGUGUUGCGUGAACGUAUCAGGAAAGCUUUGCAGUUGUAUUCGAGUGAACCAACUGAACCUUACUUAUCCAGUCAGAAUUACGGAGAACUUUUCUCAAACCAAAUCAUUUGGUUUGUUGAUGACACGAAUGUGUAUCGAGUCACAAUUCAUAAAACUUUCGAGGGUAAUUUGACCACAAAACCAAUUAAUGGAGCCAUCUUUAUCUUCAAUCCAAGAACUGGUCAACUGUUUUUGAAAAUCAUUCACACUUCAGUAUGGGCUGGGCAGAAACGUUUGGGACAGUUGGCAAAAUGGAAAACUGCCGAAGAAGUGGCAGCUUUGAUUCGAUCCUUACCUGUUGAAGAACAACCAAAACAAAUUAUUGUAACUCGAAAAGGAAUGUUGGAUCCUCUCGAAGUCCAUCUUCUUGAUUUCCCGAACAUUGUUAUUAAAGGAUCAGAGUUGCAAUUGCCGUUCCAGGCUUGUUUGAAGAUUGAGAAAUUUGGUGAUCUUAUUUUGAAAGCUACAGAACCGCAAAUGGUGCUUUUCAAUUUAUAUGAUGAUUGGCUCAAGACUAUUUCGUCGUAUACUGCAUUUUCUCGACUCAUUUUGAUCCUGAGAGCGUUACACGUUAAUACAGAACGUACAAAAGUGAUUUUAAAACCGGACAAAACCACAAUCACUGAACCACACCACAUUUGGCCAACUCUCUCUGAUGAUGAAUGGAUCAAGGUGGAAGUACAGUUGAAGGAUUUGAUUCUUGCCGAUUACGGAAAGAAAAAUAAUGUUAACGUCGCCUCACUGACCCAGAGCGAAAUCCGUGACAUCAUCCUCGGUAUGGAAAUCAGCGCCCCCUCAGCCCAACGCCAACAAAUCGCCGAAAUCGAAAAACAGACAAAAGAACAAUCGCAACUCACAGCCACCACAACACGAACAGUCAACAAACACGGUGACGAAAUCAUCACAAGCACCACAAGCAACUACGAAACCCAAACCUUCAGUUCAAAAACCGAAUGGAGAGUGCGUGCCAUUUCGGCAACGAAUUUACAUCUGCGAACCAACCACAUUUAUGUCAGUUCGGACGAUAUCAAAGAAACCGGCUACACGUACAUUUUGCCGAAGAAUGUCCUCAAAAAGUUUGUCACCAUUUCGGAUUUGCGGGCACAGAUUUGUGCCUUUUUGUACGGGGUUAGUCCACCUGAUAACCCCCAGGUUAAAGAAUUGCGUUGUUUGGUGCUCCCGCCCCAGUGGGGCACCCACCAAACUGUGCAUAUACCCAACACGCCCCCAAACCAUCCGUUUUUGAAGGACAUGGAGCCCUUGGGUUGGAUUCAUACACAGCCUAAUGAAUUACCCCAACUAUCCCCACAAGAUAUAACAACGCAUGCUAAAUUAAUGGCUGAUAACCCGGCAUGGGAUGGGGAAAAGACAGUUAUAAUCACUUGUUCCUUUACGCCAGGAUCUUGUUCUUUGACUGCUUAUAAAUUAACACCCUCUGGUUAUGAAUGGGGGCGGGCUAACACCGAUAAAGGGAACAAUCCAAAAGGGUAUCUCCCAAGUCACUAUGAGAAGGUGCAGAUGUUGUUGUCUGACCGGUUUCUUGGGUUCUUCAUGGUUCCAGCCCAGGGUUCGUGGAAUUACAAUUUCAUGGGUGUGCGACAUGACCCCAGCAUGAAAUAUGAGCUACAGUUGGCUAAUCCGAAAGAGUUUUACCAUGAAAUACACAGACCAGCCCAUUUCUUAAAUUUCUCAUCUUUAGAGGACGGUGACGGGGCUGGAGCUGAUCGGGAAGAUAUGUUUGCUUGAGUUCGUUUUUAGAACUUUGGAUUGUUAUCUAUAACAGUGAGACACUUUCUUUCCUAAAUGGUUGUUCUUGUGUCACGAAGUUGGCUUUAAAUCCUGUUCCAGAAUGCAGUUUUUCGGAACAAGACCGAGGGGCCGUUAAGUUUGGAAUUAGUCGUGCAAACCUUUGGCAUUUAAUCGGAAUUAUUUGAAAUUAUUAAAAUCUGGAAAAGCUGAAAUUCUUUUUGGAAUUGCUCGAAAUUUUUUGCGAAAUUCUGGCAUUACUUGAAGUGGAAAUUAAUUUGGAAUUACAAAAAUCAAGUUGGAAUUGUAAUGGGUCAUUGGAAUUACUGGAAUUUGCGUUGAAUUUUUUGGAAUUGGAAUCACAUGUAUAAAUUUUUUUCAAGUUAAGGGCCUCUCGGAUCAGACGCAAAGGAACUUGAAGCCAAGAAAUUAUGGAUUCUUCUUACAACCCUCAGCGAGGAAACUCCUUGGCGCAUGGCAUUUUAAAAGCUCUUGUUCUCCCGAAGGCGAUACUGCGUUUUGAUGGAUGGAUAGAUCGGCAGGUACUUAUUUUGUUAGUGUAUUUACUCUCGUCAUAUAUAAACAAUUUGUCUGUUCAGUUUGACAUAGAAUAUCAUUCAUUAUCAAUGAUAUGUGAUAAUUUGUGUAUGUGGGAUUCAACAGAUGUUUUGUGGAUUAAGUUUUUUAAUUGUAAAUCAUCUCGUAUGGUCUCAGUUCACGACAGU